AUGGAUCCAAAUGUCCUUCUUGAGUGCUUUGGGGGCACUUUGAACCACGAUAGCUCGGUUAGAACGCAAGCUGAAUCUCAAUUACAACAGGCAAGCACAACGCCGGGGUUUUUGGGAGCCUGUCUGGAUAUCAUUUCUGCUGCGAGUAUAUCUGAAAGUAUCAAACUAUCUGCAGCAUUGUAUUUCAAGAACAAAAUUUCUUAUGGAUGGAGUGGAAAGAAACUUGGCAGAAAUGAACUGCUGGACUACACUGUUGAUAAUGAUGAAAAACCCGUGGUUAAGGAUAUGCUAGUCAAGGCGUUGGUCCAGUGUUCUAUCUAUUCACCAAACUGUAUAAGACUACUGCAACCUGCAUUGACGGUAAUUGUCUCUGAAGAGUUUCCCCAUAAGAGAUGGGACUCGUUAUUGUCACAAUCCUUUGAGUUACUGGCCUCCAAUGAUAUCAAUUCUUCCCACAUAGGUUUAUUGUGCUUGGCAGAGAUUUUUCGGACUUACAGGUGGAAAGAAAAUGAUGAAAGACAAGAUUUGGAGAUACUGAUCGUUGAUUACUUUCCAUCAUUGCUGGAAUUUGCCUCCACGCUGUUUAACGAUGGUAAGAAUAUGGAUAAUGAUAAAAUUGGUGAUAUGAUUAAGCUUAUUCUGAAAAUCUACAAGUUUGUAACUUACCAUGAUCUUCCAUUUACGCUCCAGCGCACAGAAAGUUUUAUUGCGUGGGCAAAUUUCCAUGUUUCCAUCGUGCAACAGCCUCUGUCGCAAAAAUUUCUAUUAUCAACCACCAAAGAUAACAGAAAAAAUCAUUCAUGGGUUAAGGCCAAGAAAUGGGCUUAUGGAAACCUAUGUAGACUUUUCCAACGUUACGCUUCAGACUCAUUGUCUCGCAAAUUUAAUUAUGACGAAUUUAAGUCCCUAUAUGUGGAGCAAUUCCUCCCACAGUUAUUACAACUCUUUUUCCAACAAAUUGAAGGGUGGGGCAAUGGCGAAUUGUGGUUAAGCGAUGAGGCCAUACAUCAUAUUUUAAGUUUUAUUGAACAAACAAUAAUCCAAAAACCAACAUGGCCCCUUGUGAAACCACAUUACCCCACAAUUCUUGCACAUGUUAUCUUCCCACUUCUUUGUCCAACUGAAGAGACCUUAGAAUCUUUUGAGAUCGACCCUCAAGAAUAUAUCCACCGGAAUUUGGAAUUAUGGGAUGACGAUUACUCGCCCGAUUUUGCUGCUUUGUCUCUUCUAACAACAACCGUCAGUAAACGUGGCAAAACUACUCUUCAGCCAACAUUACAGUUCGUUCAUCAGAAAUUUAGUGAUUUGGCUAGUAGCUUUAACUCACUUACCCUGCAACAAGCAGUCGAGAUCGAAUCCUGUUUGAGAAUCAUUUCGAGCAUUUUAGACCGUCUCUCUCAAAAAGCAUCGCCAUACGCAGGAGAACUCGAGAACUUUCUAUGUGCGUACGUUUUCCCUUUUUUCGAAUCUAAUUAUGGAUUUUUGAGAGCAAGAGUCUGUGAGAUAUGUUCCAAACUUGGGGACAUUGAAUUCAAGAAGGAUACCACCCUUCCCACAAUAUACAAUGGUGUGAUGACUUGUUUCAAUGAGAGUUCGAGCUGUCUGCCAGUUGAGCUACUAGCUGCCUUAGCAUUACAAACGUUCAUACAGGUUCCCCAAUUCCAUGAACCUAUUUCAGCAAAUGUGGUCCCAACCAUGCAAAAACUAUUACAAAUUUCGAACGAAAUAGAAUCCGAUGCGAUUUCUGGUGUAAUGCAAGAAUUUGUUGAAUCUUUUGCUGAGCAACUGCAACCAUUUGGUGUUGAAUUGAUGAACAAUUUAGUUCAACAAUUUCUGAAGCUAGCGAUUGAGCUACAUGAUGCUUCCAACGUAGACAUCAAUAACAUGGGUGAGAAUUUUGAUGUGUCAGAUGAGAAUGAUAAGCAGAUGGCUGCAUUGGGCGUCUUGUCGACUGCUAUUUCGAUUCUUCUAUCCUUUGAGAAUUCUUUGGACAUUGUUAAAAGUUUGGAACAUUCAUUCUACCCAGCUGCGGAAUUCAUUUUGAAAAAUGAUAUGGAAGACUUUUUUAGAGAAGUAUGUGAAUUCGUGGAGAAUUCCACUUUUCUUUUGAGAAAUAUAACUCCGAUCUCCUGGAAAAUCUUAGAGCUGAUGGGAAUUUGUAACAGAAAGGAGGAUACCAUGGUUUCGUUUUAUAUUGAAGAUUUUAUGCUUGCUUUAAACAAUUAUUUGGUUUAUGGUAAGGACGAAUUGAGAAAAAAUCAAUUUUACUCAAACAUUAUAUUCGAAAUAUAUCACAAGGCAGCUGUUCGAGAGGAUAAUGCAUUUGACGAUAUGGUUGUCAUUUUUGAACUCUCUCAAAAAAUGGUAUUGGCUCUAGGAGAUAAGUGUCCCAAAGGUUUUGUGGAGCGGUUUUUACAAGAUGCUUUAAAUUCAAUUGUUGCAGAAAAAGAUUCUCUGAAAAAACAUAUCGUGUUUGGGGUGAGUGCAUUCAAUGUGGUUAUGGCAUGCCUUGUUUGUUUUCCGAUGGUUACCCUUCAAUAUCUCGAGAUCCAACAUGCUGCAGAAUUGAUAUUUGAAACUUGGUUUGGCUUCUACAUUCCCAACUAUAAAAGAGUGUAUGACAUUAAAUUGUCGGUCAUGGCUGUACUAAGUAUUUUGAGUCAGGUUUCAGUACAAGAUUUGUCUAUGCUAUCACUUCAAAAUUUGUUACCGCAAUCUGGCUCAAAACUGACAAUGCUAAUGUCACUAUUUCCACAAGCUCUACGGCACUUAGAGGAAAAACGAAAAGAGUAUACUUCGGAUGUUUUAAAUACUGAUCAAUUCGACAACUUUGGAACUUGGGAUGAUGAAGGGGAGGACGAAGAACCUAUAGACGAAGAGCAAGCAUACCUGGAGUUUUUAAAGGAUGAGGCCAACAAUCUCAGAAUUGUCAACGGGGAAGCAGGUGCCUUUGGUGAAUUUGAGGACUUUGAUGACUUAGAGGAAGAUCCGCUCUCUGGAUCGGUCCUGGACGAUAUCAAUAUAUAUGAUGUCUUCAAGACUGUGGUGGGUGGGCUACAAAACGACCACGAAAAAUAUGGUAUUUUUGCCAGCGGCCUUUCUGCAGAGGAUCAAAAUACUCUGGCACAAUUAGUUAACCUUUAG